AUGACGGCCUACUCGCAAGCUCCGCAGUCCACCCGCAAUAUCCUCAUCAUCGGCUCGACAGGCGUCAUAGGCACAUAUAUUACACGGGCAAUUGUCGACGCACGGGAAAAUUUUGAGCGAAUAUGUGUCUUGACCAGUGAAAGGACCCUGGUGGAAAAGGUGCAGGAUAUUGCAGCGUUGGAGGCAUGGGGUGUCGAAAUCUUUACGGGCCGGUUGGAGAGCGAGUCGGCGGUCAAGAGGGCGUAUGAAGGCAUUGACACCAUUGUCUCCUGCGUCGGCCGUGGCGGUAUUGAGAAGCAGAUCAACCUAAUCACCUGGGCCGAGCAAGUAGGCGUACGCCGCUUCUAUACCUCGGAGUAUGGCACCGACAUCGAAUACUGGCCCGAGUCGGCGCACGAGCCGCCUCACCAGCUCAAGCUGAAAGUCCGGGCACACAUGAAGACCAUGAAGAGGUUGGAACACACAUACCUUGUCACGGGACCGUACAGCGACCUAUACUUUGGUACGAUGAAGGCACGACCCGAGCUGGGACAGUUUGAUGUCAACGAGAAGAAGGCCAUCCUGCUAGGAGACGGCAAUGGACCCGUCAGUUUUACUGCCAUGGCUGAUGUUGGCAAAUUCGUCGUCGCGGCACUCAUGAAUCCCAACGCUUCACGAAACACAACUCUUAUAGUGCACUCGUUUACGGCCACGCCGCACGAGAUUCUCGCCGAAUACGAACGGCAGACGAACAGCAAAUGGGAGGUGUCAUACACGUCGCUCGAGCGUCUAAAACAGAUUGAAAAAGAGGAAUACCAGGUCUACUCCCCAUUGGCGACGGUGGUCACCCUGCGGCGGAUAUGGACCGAAGGCGGCACCUUGUACAAAUAUUACGACGAAACGAUCCUAGGACAGAUUGAGACGGAGACGCUGGAAAGCCAAGUGGCAGUCAACAUUCGGAAGCAACAAGAGGGCGAGGGGCACUUCCCGAGUCUGAUGCGCAAGUUAAGUCUGUAUUAG